AUGGAUUUCAUGUAUAACGCGUGGAGACCAAAUUAAACGAAGCCCACUCCCUCGAGUAUCCAGGAGAAUCAUUGCUAAAUAGAUUCCGCCCCACACAAGCAACAAGCACAAACACAAGUAGCGGCCUCAGCCUCACUCUUUCCUUUCCACCGCAAAAUUUGGAAGCUAAUGAUGAUGGCCACUCACUUGUGCACUUCCUCUCCUCUCCCCUCCAAAAUUACUCACAAACCACUCGCUCCUUCUUUUCUAAAAUCUGCUUCCUUAACCAUCAACCAUCUCCCGAUUAAUAACAAGACACCGUUGAAACGUUUCUCAGUUUCAGCUACAGCCACUACUUCUUCUAUUGGAGUCAGUGAAUCCUCCACUUCCGCACAGUCUUCCAAAUCUAAAUCAUUGCCUUUUCGUGUGGGCCAUGGCUUUGAUCUUCAUAGACUGGAGCCGGGCUACCCUCUGAUUAUCGGUGGCAUUAAUAUUCCCCACGAGAGAGGUUGCGAGGCUCACUCUGACGGUGAUGUUUUGCUUCACUGUGUGGUCGAUGCUAUUUUGGGAGCACUGGGGCUUCCCGAUAUUGGUCAGAUUUUUCCUGAUUCUGAUCCUAAGUGGAAGGGUGCAGCUUCCUCUGUUUUUAUUAAAGAAGCUGUGAGACUUAUGCAUGAGGCAGGUUAUGAGAUUGGCAACUUGGAUGCUACCUUGAUCCUUCAAAGACCAAAACUGAGCCCUCACAAGGAGGCAAUUCGGACCAACUUGUCUGAGCUGCUCGGAGCAGACCCCGCAGUUGUGAAUCUAAAAGCUAAAACUCAUGAAAAGGUCGACAGCCUCGGUGAAAAUCGAAGCAUUGCAGCUCACACAGUGAUUCUUCUUAUGAAGCAGUAAAAGGUGCUGUAGGAAAGAAACUUAUCAUUCUAAUAUAAUGCUGUAUACUGCUUACACAUAUUUAAUUACUUUAGUCAGUACAAAUUAUACAUUUGAUCGGAAUAGCUCAACUGUGAAGUUGUUGUGUCAUACCAAAAUAAAUGAGGGCAAGUCUGAACAGAAACAUAUACUCACUUUCUAUAAGUCAACAUUCAAAUUUCCAAAUUUGAA